UAUACAAACAAUGCAUGGGAUGCGAAAUUACAGUAUUAUAAUAACUACAUAGCAUUAUUCCAUAGAAAUAUUUAUAGAAAAGUUUAGACCAAAUUGAAAUGGGGUUUAAGUUAUACGUGAUCACAGUGGCUGUGUUGGUUAUUUUUCAAGAUGCAGAAUCUGAAUCAAUUUCUGACGAUAUACGUAACCAUUUGGGCUCUAAAACUCCAUACAGGUUUAAAUACCUUAAAGAUGAGUCCAAGAUCAAGUUUCCCGGAUGUGAAAGUACUAAAAUGUGGAUGGUUAUACGACACGGAUCUAGGUUGCCAAGCGAUGAAGAUAUAGUAGGAAUGACCACUACUCUAAAGGAGUUGUCCCAACAGAUUUUAUCGGGGCAUGAAGGUGGGAAAGGUCAAUUAAGCAAGGAGCAGUUAUCAAGAUUUGCAAAUUGGUUGAGCAGCAUAGAUAUAACUAAGGAGAAAGAUUUAGUUGAGGAAGGCAGGGAGGAAAUGACCCAGCUAGCUAAGAGGAUGCAUAAGAGAUUUCCCAGUAUUAUUAAGAGUAAAUACAAUAGUGAUACUUUUGAGUUUCGUGCCACCCCCACAGAAAGAGCAGAGGAAAGUGCUAAGAGUUUUGCCAUUGGCCUAUUUGACAAGAAUGCACCUAAAGUUACUGUUACAAAGACAAGCAAAGGCGACCCUGUGUUACGAUUUUACAAACACUGUGACAACUGGCAAAAGCAAGUUAAGAAAAACCCAAAUACAUACGCUGAACAAAAGAAAUUGGGGGAUAGCCUGCUAAUGAACCAAACUUUGGAAAAUAUUACACAAAAAUUGGGUCUCGAUAACACUAUUGAUUUAGACACAGCAGAUUUGAUUUACAAGACUUGUGGGUUUGAGACUGCGUGGUGGAAAGACUAUGUGUCACCUUGGUGCUUUGCGUUUGAUAAGGACACUAUAAAGGUACUGGAAUAUUAUCAUGAUCUGAAGCAUUAUUUAAUGGAUGGCUACGGAAACGAACUGACUAGUCAGACAGCCUGCGAAUCAGUGAAGAAUAUGUUUGAUCAUUUAACAUCAAAAACCGGGCCGAACGCAUCAUUCCUCUUCGCCCAUUCCGGCACUUUGCUAAAGAUCCUUACACACAUGAGUUUAUACAAGCCGGAAGCACCGUUGACAGGAGACUUUAUACCGGAAGACAGUGUUUGGAGACUGUCCGAUAUUGACUGCUUCGCUUCUAACUUAGCGUUUGUUUUAUUUGAAUGCAAAGACGGCCCACACAUCCUGACACUUCACCAGGAGCGAGUAGUGAAACUACCAGCUUGCAAAAAGGAGCUGUGUCCCCUGGACCAUCUCCAGCAGGUCUUCCAUGACACCAUACAUAACUGCGACCAUGCCGCCAUUUGCAAAUACAAUAGUAGCAACGACGAGUUAUGAACAAAUAGCGACGUACUUAGAUAUAGGCACAUAUAAGGUACCGAAGGUACAGUGAUUUUUGCUGAUUAUAAAUUUAUUUUAAAUUUUAAUAAAAAAUACAAAUAUAC